UGGAACGGUUCUGCGCUGGGUGGAAUCCUAUCUCUCUGACAGAUCCUUCAAGGUAUCAUGGAGGGGAGGUAUUUCUGAAACUCAGCAACUCACAACUGGCGUUCCACAGGGCCUGACGAUCCAUCCGUCUCUGCACGCAUCUCCGCUUGCCUUUCGGACAUCUCGGUCUGGAUGAAGGAAAACCAUCUUAAGCUUAACCUGGCAAAAUCUGAGCUUCUCGUGAUCCCAGCCUGUCCCUCAAUCAACCACAACCUCACUGUACAGCUCGGCUCACUCACACUCAUGCCAACCGGGAUGGCCAGGAACCUUGGGGUGAUUCUUGAUGACGGCUUGACCUUUACAGACCAUAUCUCAGCAACUGCAAGGUCCUGUAGGUUCAUCCUUUACAACAUCAAGAAAAUCCGACCCUACAUCACCAAACAGGCUACACAGAUACUAGUCCAGGCUCUUGUUAUCUCUAAACUGGACUACUGCACCUCACUGCUUUCAGGCCUCCCAGCCAAACCCCUUGAGAUGAUUCAGAAUGCUGCAGCAUGCCUCGUCUUCAACCAGUCCCAGAGAACCCAUGUCACACCCCUCUUCAUCUCCCUCCACUGGCUUCCUGUAGCUGCCUGCAUCAAGUUCAAGGCCUCGAUGCUCACCUACAAGACCUUGUCAGGAACAGCACCCUCCUACCUCAACUCUCUCCUGAAGGCCUACGUUCCCUCUCGCAAUCUGCGAUCGAUUAGCGACCGACGUUUAGCAGUUCCAACUCAGCGUGGCGCAAGGUCCCUUUCCAGAACCUUCACACUAACUGUUCCUCAGUGGUGGAAUGCACUUCCAAUCUCAAUCCGGACCGCAGAAUCUCUCACCAUCUUCAAAAAACAGCUAAAAACCCACCUCUUCCAUGAACACCGAACCAACUCAUAAUUAAUUUUUUUUUUUUUUUAAAUGCACUUACACCUCUACUCUGCACUUUGCUUCUUCUG